AAAGGAAGGUGUGUUCCUGUCCACAGACACGUCCGUCCAAUCCAACACACACAGACAAGACACGAAGGCACACAAAGGCACACAAAGGCACAUCCACAUCACGUGCACGCACACGGAAAAUGUCUUCUGUAUGUGUGGCCCCCGAGACUGUACACACGCCCAAGAGAGCAACAUCUUUGUUAUCAUGCAGUCAAGUGUCGGGGGCCGGGGGGUUGCACCAUAGCUGAAAUAAAGAAGAAACACCCACGCAAUCUUAAGCUCUGCCAAUAGGCAGCUAGCUCCACACGGAUGGAUACACACGGUGCAGGAAAACUUUGAAUGAACCCAGGCUGCACAGCACAACACAACACAGUACAGAGUCACAUCAGAAAAGGCCGCCGCCAUGGUGGUACAUGUCGCCAUAACCAACAGCAGCAGCGGCAGCAGCAGCAGCAGCCGGUGCAUCAGCAGCACCACCUCCCCCUCUGUCUUCCCCCGCCGCCGACGCAGCAGCAGCAGCUGGUGCCCCUCCCGGCGGUGGCAGCCUGCUCCCCCUCCCCCGAUCCGUCAUUGUGGGCGGCACGCUCGCUGCCUGCGACCUCCUGUGCCGAAGGUCGCCGGUGGACCCAAACAUUGGGGGUGGCGAUCGGCUGGUGAUGGGGUGUAUGGUGGGCGGUGGCUGGGGCGGCAAGGGCGAACGUGGGACGUACCCGGGGGUGCUCCUCUCCCAUCUAGUGGAAUACGGGUCGGUUGCCGGAGUCUGGUCGGUCUCCUUCAUGUCAUCCCUCCGCCAGGUCCGCACCGGCUCCUGCCCCGCCGCCCGUCGUGUGAGGGAGAGAACGGCCCUCUCGAUGGAGCGAUACGCGCCACUCCCGGCAGUGCUCACGCUGCUGAUCACCGCGCCGAUGAUGCGGCCGGUUGCUGUGAGGAGGGCCUGGAUGAUGAGGGGUAUGUUGAGGAAGGGGCAGCAGAGCGAGAGGGCGAGCAGGGCCAGGACGAUCACGGCAAAGAGCGGCAGCAUGAAGACCAUGUAGAGGCACCAGUAGACGGCGAAGCCGAAGUAGGACGACUCGCAGGAUAAUUGGAUCGUAGCACCUUGCGCAUCUCUUGUCGCGUUCGGCUUAUGCGUCGCUGAUGAUGUCAGGUUCUUCGUGUGGCCGACAUCCAGGCUCACCCGUCCGGUAGCGGCGUCGCACGCCCACUCCAUCCCUGCCGCCGCCUUCUCAUGGGCCCACACCAUCCACCCAGCCGCCCGCGGCAGCCGCUCCCUCCUCUCGUAUCGGCGUGCUCCCCAUUCACCACGAUCCACCUCCGUCUCUUCCCGGCCGUCCUGUCGCGUUUUCACGUCCUCGGCAGCAGCAGCUGGUUCUCGAGGAUGCACGGCUGGUGGUGGGUCGAGUGGAUGGAAGUAGAUGUCAUCCGGGUGCAUUGGUGCGCCCACACAGACUCUGAGGACGUCUAAGAACUUGGGGUUGAAUGGCGCGUCGAGGGACAGGUGGGUUGCCGAGGGGACGUGUGGCUGGAUUGUCGUUGUUGUGGUGGGUGACGGUGUGAGGUGCACCACCAGGCUGGCGCAUCCCUGGCUGCGGGCCUCCACGCCGAUGGAAAACUCUCCCUCCUCUCUGCAGUGGAGUGCAGCAACAGACAGACAGACACAAGACAUAAAUGAAUGAGCGUCCUCCGCGCUUUUCUCCCUUAUACAUUUGCGUCCGUACUGGUGAAUGGCCGUGACGGCGAGGACAGAUGGGUGGCUUGAAGUGAUGCCCAGCCUUGAGCUCAUGGGCGGCUCCAGAUGCUGCCCCCGCGGGUCGACAAGCCGCAAACGAUACCACUGCAGCCCGCCCCAAUACUCGUCGCCCCAGAAAUUGGUACUACCGCUCCAUCUUUCUGCGUCUUCACCGAGGUACACGGGCAGCUGCAGCGUGAGCAGAGGCAGCGACGCCGCGGGGUUGUCGACUGCCGGUGCGACGAGGGUGAAGGGCUGAUGCCACAUCUUGAGGGGCCGGUCGUCGAGGGUGACGUGUGUGGGGCUGGGGUGGGACGCCAAACGGUGUGGGCGGAUGAACCGGUACCGGGGCGUCAUCUCCACACCACCGAUGGGCGCCAACUUGACCCAAAACAAACGCUGACAGACAGACAGAUACAUACCACAGGCAGCUGAAAUACAAUCGGUGGAUGGGUGUCUGUAUGGCCUGUGUUCAGACCUCCAGCUGUGGCGUUUCCAGUGCGAGCGGCGCUCGUCCCUUGCCGCCGUUCAUGGCCUUUGUGGUGAACAUGAGGUGCAGCUUCACACUCGUCUGUAGCCGUAGAGUGAUGCCACGGUGCUGUCCACCGCCCCGGCCCCUCCGAACUUCGGGCGUGUCCGCCUCCACCUUGACAUGCAGCGCCACCCGCACUCUCGGGUCGCUGACGUAGGAGCCGUGUGAAUCGUCCUCCACCCUGUACAGCCGCUGGUACACCGAUUGCACCGCACGGCUCCUCUCGACCAGCGUCUCGUCACGCAGCAGCCACUCGACCACGGCCUGCUGGUCAGUUGUCGCGAUGCCCUCCCAUCUGUCGGACCACUCUAGCACCAUGUUCACCACCUUGCCAUGGUGUGUGUGGCUGGUGUGUGUCCGAUUUGCGUCCCACAGCAGGGCAAUCUUCUCCUGCAGUGUGUCGCAAAAGGCCGUGACCGCCUCGGCUGCCUCCGGGUCGGCGGGAAUGUGGCUGUUGCCGGCGAGGAAGGCGUUGGGGCGGUGCUUCUCGACGAGAGAGAGGUUGAAGUCGCCGCCUGCUCGCGCUGUAAAGUGGUAUGUGUAGGGAUGCAUGUAUGCGAAUGACUCGAGGAAGAUGGAGAUCUGGGAUGAGGGCGGGACGGUGACGUGGUACUCUCUGUCCUGCUGGCGGCCCGGGUGGCGAUGGUCGGAGGGGCUCAUUGGGCGGGGGAUGGGGGGCACCAGCAACACCUCCACUUCUCCCGCACUCACGUAACGCUGCACACAACACACCCCCAUCACACACACGAGUGUAGGUAGGCACAAUUAAACACAUGGUUGGUGCUGGGCUGCCUCUCAGACUGUCUCCCAGCCCACUCACCUUUGGUAGUACGAUGUCCCGCAUGGCCUCGCCCACGGCCAUGGCGCCCAGGAUGCUGUCCUUGUCAUCUCCACCCAGCUCACCCUCUCCCUCACCCAUACCCCGGCCGAUAGCCCGGCGAGCCGCACUCUCAUCGCUGAAAUACCGGACCAAGCGGCCGAUAGACGACGCACAGAUGGCCUCCACCUGCACUGCGCUGCGCCCCGGCUGGCGACCAAUCACCGGCACAGCAACCAGACCGACUCCCCCCACCGACACGCGUGAUACGUUGCUGUUGCCGGCGGUGCCUUUGCUGGUCGGUGUGCUGUAGAAGGAGGGCGUGAGAAUGGCUGCGCUGAGGGGGAGCGACGCGUUGAGAGGCGGUGGGGGUUUGUCGAAUUGCAGAUGCUGGGGAGCCGCGAUGGUCCACUGGUAGUGGCAGAGGGGAGAGGUGUGGGGGACAGGGAUGGACGUGUUGCCCUGCGACGAGUGCACGUUGCCGAGGGGCAGCGGGAGAUGCCCGAUGGUGUAGGGGUAGCCCUGCCGCGUGACGAGCGAGGCCGUCAGCACCUUGCGCUUGCCCUCCAUCAGAUCUACCUCAAAGAAAUGCGGCAGAGAGAUGGCCCGUCCCCCCUGGCCAGUGGGCUUCGUCUCCUGCACCACCACGCCUCCCGGUGUGUCUACCAUCACCUCGAACCGCAGCUGGGAGGCGCAGAAGGGGAAGUAGACCAGAUAGUGCAGAUCGUCUUCAUGGAGAUGACGCAUCUCGCUCGGCCGGCAGUCGACUGGGCUCAUGCGAUUGCUAUCCACUAUGGUUCCGUCCUGGUCUUCCUCCAGUGCGGGCUCGACGCGCACAUCGAUGGCCGCCACGCCGAUGCCGUCGCUCCGCACACCCACGAUGUACUGCAGCCUCACCCUAUCCCCCCCACCCGCAGCCACACUCACGCCGAAGUCGUAAUCGUGGCGUAGCGUCCCCCGCUGCCUCACAGAUGGCCGCGCGCCCACCAGAGCAACGUCCACGCGUCUAUCAGGGAGCGUCAGGGGCUUCCCCCUGCCCACAGCACCGCCCAGAGAGAACCACACAGGGUCGACCAGCGCCUCUGCGUAGGCAACGUCGGUCGCAUUGGUGAUGACGACCAGCCGGAACCGCGGCGUGCGGGGUUUGGUCAUGUUUGCCGGCGCCUGCCGCUGGAGUAUCCGUUGGAGCUUGUCAAGGUUGACUUCGAGCUGCAGCUCUAUCUCGUAUGUGUGGUUGCGGGGCAGCAGCACCAGCCGCCGGUCAGAUGGCGACACGAGCCGGAAGGGCGGCUGGAUCUCCACUGGCACGCGUGAGCUGGCCCCGCCGUCGUACCUCCCCUGCAGCCCGAAGGCGGUGGGAUCCUCGCGCCGCCCGUCUGUGUCGCGGCGAUUGGCGAAUGGACAGACGGAGGAGAGAGGGGGGUAGGUGUAGAACGGCGAAGGGCGUGGGAACAGCUGUCCGAUGAAGCACUCUCCCUCGUUGCCGCGGUCGAUGUGGACGCCGGCAAGGGGGUCGAUGUCGAUGGUCACGUUUGAAGUGGUUGGGAAGGUUUGGGGCAGGGACGGUGCUGGUGCGGGGGCUGCUGCUGCCAGGGAUGGGUGGGGGUGGGUGGGGGGCGCUUGGAGAGUGUCGAAGGUCCAGUGGGGGCUGUGAGAGGAUAUGUUGGCAAUGCCGUACCUGCACCGCACCAACCACGAGACGAGCACCCACACACGAAUGCACCUCCAUACGUCUUGCUGCCUCCAGCUCAGCUCACCCGUAUUUGUCGAAUGGCACCAGGACGAAGGGGAAGGGCCUGUCGUCGCCGCAAUCGAGCACCACCCCCCUCCCCACCACCACCGCGUCUCGCCUGGCCGCACACUGCCGCACCCCGCCCUCUGCGAUGCCUCUGGCGAGCGACCGUCUGUUGGCGGCUGCGUGUGACGCGUUGGUGAGCAGUGUGUAUGGGUAGUGGUAGACCUCCAUGCCCACUGGGAAGGAGCACCCAACCACCAGACGGCCGCGCUCGGACACCUCGCGCGGAGUGCUGACAAGACAAGACAAUUAAUUGCACACAGACAGCGGGUAAAUGAAUGAACAUCCUAUCUUAAGGCAUGCUAGGUUGGAAAUAUAUAUAAGAUUCUGUGGGUCAUUCACAUGGGCGGUCCAGGAGCGUUCGGCAGCGCUUCAGCGAUGACGUCGAUAUCGACCUCAACCACCUCUGCUUCCUGCUUGCAGGUGACCUUGACCACCACGUCCCCAUCGUCGCCUGGCGGCAUCUCGGCCACCACCUCCGUCCGCAGCAUCUCGCCUAUCCUCUUGGUGGACAUCACGCAAAGGUCACUCCGCCUGUGCUCAUUGCCGCACCGGACAACCUCAUCGCUCACAUUGGCCAGCACCUCCACAGCCAACGGGUGCUGCAGCCGCUCCUUCUCGCUAGACAGGGGCGGCACCGCGGCCACCGAUGUGUUGGCGGCCACGCGGAUCUUUCGCCUGAAAGAUGGGUGCGACGGUGGGCCGCCCAACACGGGUACCGUGAGGCUGUCGCCGACACCGAUCAUGCGCACUUGGGUGCGGAGAAGGGACAGGGCGACGGCCACCGAUGUGUCAUCAAGAGAGGUGCGUGAGGGUGGAGGCGGCAGAGAUGGGACAACAGAGGGUGCUGUGGGGGGCGGGGGAAGGUCGAGGUCGACCAGGCUGUACCCCCGGUAGAAUGGCCGCGGCGUGGCGGCAUGGUCCAGCUGCUGCACACGGCACAACAGAAGCGUGGCGAACGUCGCAAGACCACCUGUCAGUGGCGGUGGCCCGGCACCGGCCCCCUCAUCCUCUCCCAUAGCGAACAUAACGAGCCUCCCCAGCGCCUUCAAGCGUGGCGAAGACCCACCAGCGGCCACCUUGGUGAAGAGGGGCGAGGUCAGCAGCAUGGUGUCCGUCACAGCCGUCUCAACCCCCACUCUCUCCCCCAAAUACUCCGCCACAGACGUCCCAAUCUCCUCUGUCUCAUUGACCGCGGCGCCAUCCCCUAACGCCCAUCUCACGUUGUGCAAGGGCAGAGUGACGAAGUCCUGCAGGCGGAAUCUGGCGUCGGUUCUGUCGUAGAUGCGCAUGUCCUGUUUGGAAAAGACUGGCCGUGGGGCGAGGUAGCGUGAAGGGUCAGGGGCGGGAGAGAUCAGUGAGCCUUCCAGCAUGACGUCGCCCAGAGUGUGGGAGGUGAUGUUGACGAAUGCCUCGGGGCGGGACUGCAGGUGCUCCGGGAGGUCUUGGCUCUCGAUGUGCGACGCAUUGACGCGACCAUACCGAUCGGCAAAGGCAGCGACCUGACCAAGACAGACACCGAUGGAUGCACAACCACCAUCUACUUUACCAUCCACACACACCAAGCCAGGUAGGUGCUGAUCGAUCUAUGUCAUUCACUCUCACCGUCUUCCUGCCUUCGUCCCCCAUGUGUGUGAGUAUGAGCUGUCCCUUGGCGGCCAGAAAGUAGUGGGUGCCGCUCAUCUCGCCAUCCCUCUCGAAUAUGGGCACAAAGGCAUACCCAAUUGCCUCGUAGAAGUGCACCAGUCGCCGCACCGUCAUAUCGGGGUAGGUGGCGUCCUCGAUGAUGAAGGCGGGGUCGAAGUAGUGGUAGAAGUAGCUGUCGGUGUAGGUGCCGGGCCACGAUGGACGGGGCGGGGGGAGCGUGGCGGGGAAGGACUGGAGAGUCCGCUUGGUGGCGAGGAGGGCGGCCCAAGUGGGGACGCCCACAUAGCCAUACACAGUGGCCUGCAGACAGACAGAAAUCACAUCGAUACGAUACACACAUAAAGAUGAAAAAAGGCAGGUUUGUAUGUGUGUAGGGGGUGGGAUAUAUUGGCAUACAAUGGUGGAUCGGUUGAUCCUCAGCAAUGGAGACGGCACAGUGAUAUGCACGCCCUCGAUCUUCUUGACCAUCACAGCCAAACGGAAAGUCUCAAACCGCCGCUGCGACGCCACAUAGACGCCCUUCGCUCCCUCCUCACCGCUUCCCGUCCUCACGGUCACCCGCACAUAGCACACGCCCUCCCUAGUGUCAGCCCGGAUCGACAGCUUCGCGCUGAAAGCGUCGCCCCUCGACGUAUCGAUGUCGACCUGACAGACGUCCUCCACAUUGCGGACGCCCCUCAUGUCCUGGCACGUCGUGUGGACGUCGUAGCCCCCAUUGGCAUCAAUGUGGUCCAGGUCGGCCCGGAGGCUGUGUUCGGGUGGCAGGAGGACCUCUGGCGGCAGGGGGAUGGGCGAGAUAGGCGUGACUCGCGCCGGGAUGGACGCCGAGGCAGGCUCAAGAAUCCGCAGGUGGCGGCGGCAGGCCAGUGGGGGGAAGGGAGGGUGUGAAGGGAUGGGGGCUGCGGCGUAUCUGAACAUGUUGGUGAGGUGAGUGAACCGGAAGUCCAGGGCGAGCUCCUCAUUGCCGAAGGCAUGCACCAACAGCCAGGCCUUGUUGGGAGCGGCAGCCAAGACCUCCAGUGGCGGCGGCUGGUCCACAUCCACCGGAUGGCCCACGGUAAGGUCGUAGUCAAAGUGAUAGUUCUGUGGCACGUAGAGGUUCACCCCCUCGCCGUCUCGAUCGACCCCCCACAGCCGCACCCACAGCAGAUAGUAGCUCCCCCGGAUCAGCCGCAGCCUCCCAUCCGACGCAGAAAACGAUGUGUUCUCCUCUUCCUCCAGCCGAGGCAGUCGACGAGGCGGCAGACCCCCGAGCAGAGGGCUCCUCCCCUCUGUGAUGUUGGCGGCGAAGUAGCCCUCGAUCCACUCGUCGAGCACGGGCGACGUGAGGGGGUACGCCAGUGGCAGGUGGUCCUCCCUGCCCCCCUCCUGCCUCGCAAGGUACCCCCACAGGCGCGUGUCGUAGUCGGCGAGGAGGCCGGUCGUCUUGAGGAUGUCUUGCGGGAUGGGCAGGUGUGUCAUGACCACAUCCAUCGACUGCGGCUCAUACACCUCCACCCGGCCCCUGGGGCUCUCGGCCAGCACCUCCUCCCCAUCGCUCUCGUCCAGAUGCACGCGGGGGUCGAGAGCCAUGAUGUCGGCCUUGCCCGGCUGCAGCGCCGUCACAUUGCCAGUGGUCGCUUCCAAAUCGAUGGGUGGCGUCUCGUUACCCACGCCAAGCGACCGCAUCACGCGCCAGUCGAAGGCCAAACCAAGUUCGUCACCCCCUCCCUCCCCUCUCAGCUUGCCCUCCAUCAGCCUCUUGGCAUCUGGCCCGUCACGCGGCAAAGCGGGCGGCACGAGCGACAACCUUCGGGACGGCACGAGCGCCGGGCUGCCAUCGGAUGUGUUGCGCCGCGGCAAGUACACCUGGUACUGGAACUGGCCGUAGGUGGGCAUCCUCAAUGUGUGUGGGAGGAUCUCGUAUUCCUCCAGUACACGAUAGAUGACCUCGUGUGACGGCAGGGGGAGGGAUGGCGGGAGGGGCAACAAGGAGGGCGCGAUGAGGUAGUCGGAUGCACUGAGCUGGGCGCGCACCUUUGCGCGGCCGAUGGCGAGGCUCUGCAGGAGCAGGGUGCUGUUGAGGAGGGUCACAUUGACGGGACCCGGGCCUCUAGCGUGGUGUGCCGUGCCGUUCUGCGCCACCUCAAACACCUCUGACGGGCCAAAACACACACCACAACAACAUAAUCUGACCCCCUCCCUUUUCUCGCGUUCCUUUCUCUUCUCCGUGUCCUACUCCCACUCUUACCACACUCAGGUACCUGUGUCCUUGUUCUUCUCAUUUGGGGAGAGUAUGGAUGUGACGGUCCACUGCAGCUCCAAACCGUCGAGGGACGAGAACCAGUUACCGGCCGCGUCACGUCCCUGCGCAGACGCCGUCUCCACCUCACCCAAAUAGAUGACCUUGGUCCUGGUCUCGAGGAACAGCUCGUGCACCAGGCCAAGAUACACCUGCACAGAGUGGCUCCGCCGCCCGGUGGUCGCCUUGCCGCUUGUCGAUGCUGGUGCUGUUGCGGUGGUCGAUGCCACACACUUGUCGCCGGGCUGCGCGGAAGAGGGAGUGUCCACCUCGACGUCGAGCCGGGUCGACCGUUUCUGCAGUAUCGACUGCAGCAGGGCCAGCCUUUUCCCCUCGUCCAUGGCGGGGAACUUGUCGUGCAUCUCCUGAGCCACCUGGGCCAGAAUCGUCUCGUGUACCCUUACGGCGUCCUCCCCCACCUCGAGCAGAGGGCUGCCCUCGUACUCGGCCGGCUUGCACACUCUCCUGCCCGCCACCCGCUGGCCGCUUGCCUGGUCGACAACUUCCACCCACUCGUCGUGCUGCACUCGCCACCGGUAGCACACGCAGUAGGUCGGCUCCCGGGCGUAGGGCGGCAGCUUGACGUGCAGCUGCAGCGGCACCGACACACGGUGGCCGGGGGAGCUGUACGGGAGGAGGAUGAGGGGGCUGGGCAGGUGGAGAGAGAAGUCCUUCAGUGGCACACACGCCGACAAGAUCACCCAGCCGAGCACCAGGAUAAUGGCGAUCAACGAGCGGGAGAAAUGCCCUCCGGAUGACUGCAUGUUGGUUGGUUGGACGGAUGCAGCCAGUUUGGAAGAGGCAGGCAGCAACACGAUGGAUGAAUCGGCCGAUGGCAGAUCACCUCACCGACUCGUUUGGUGUCCAAGUUGCCGUCGUCUGAGGCCUCUCAGAUCCACCCAAGGUCCUCACGGGGUCGCAGACGGACACGUACAUCAUCCCAAGCCUGGCAUGUCAAGAUGCCGUCACGCAUUCACUGAUUUGUUGCGGCUGUCCGAGAGUCACGCAUUCAAGCUUUAAAGCGACAACACGACAAAGCAC